AUGAAUGACCGUUUAACAAAAAUCAAAGGAAAAAGUGGAUUAGAAUUUUUAAUCUCAGAUAAAGGGAUUAGAGAACAAUUAAUUAGCUUUUUGCCUCAAUUUUGGGAUGACAAACAAAUAACAAUUUUUACAGAAAAUUAUCGUUAUAUAAUAAUAAUUGGAAGAAAUUUUUGGUUAGAUUAUUUUAAAUUAAAUAUUGGGGAUAGAAUUAGUGACGAAGAUGAAAGAGAAAUUAAAAUUUUUAUUAAAAAAUAUAUUACCCCAUUUUUGGAUUCUCGUUCACAUUCACUAGGGUUGGAUGAUUGGCAAAGAUUAAAUAAAUGGAUAAAUGAAUAUAUAGAUGGAAUUUUGAAUAAUUAUUUUAUUGGCGAUGGAGAAAAAAGUUUAAAAUUUAAGGUUAGAUAA